CUGCGCUCAUACGUCAUCCGUGGGCGUGAUCGAUGAGGGUAGUAUGUAACGUAGCACUGCGCAUGCGCCCAAAACGAUAGUUAACGUAGUGGAAAGUAGCCACGCCGUGCACUGCAACAUCAAGAAAAUCAAGCUAAUAAGUUAACUCGCAGCUAUUGAUCAUGGCCGAUGGGGAGGGAUUCGUUGUGCGCAUACGCGGACUGCCGUGGUCCUGCUCUGUGGAUGAAGUGCAGAGGUUUUUCUCAGACUGUAAGAUCGCGAGCAACGGCACGAGCAUCCACUUCACGUACACGCGCGAGGGCCGGCCCAGCGGCGAGGCCUUCGUGGAGAUGGAGUCGGAGGACGACGUGAAGAUCGCCGUCAAGAAAGACCGAGAGACCAUGGGCCACCGAUACGUGGAAGUGUUCAAGUCCAACAACGUGGAGAUGGACUGGGUGAUGAAGCACACGGGGCCCAACUCCCCCGAGACGGAGGGGGACGGCCUGGUGCGCCUCCGCGGGCUCCCCUUCGGCUGCAGCAAGGAGGAGAUCGUGCAGUUCUUCUCAGGGUUGGAAAUCGUGCCAAAUGGGAUUACAUUGCCGGUGGACUUCCAGGGGCGGAGUACGGGGGAGGCCUUCGUGCAGUUUGCGUCUCAGGAUAUAGCCGAAAAGGCUCUAAAGAAACACAAGGAAAGAAUAGGGCACAGGUACAUCGAGAUUUUCAAGAGCAGCCGGGCGGAGGUGCGGACGAACUACGAGCCCCCCCGCAAGGCCAUGGGCAUGCAGCGGCCCGGCCCCUACGACCGGCCCGGGGGCGGGCGGGGCUACAACAGCGCGGGCCGCGGCGGCUCCUUCGAUCGCAUGCGCCGGGGCGGCUACGGCGUAGGUGAGGGUGUGUUAUUCGUUUUUUUAAUUCUCUCCUUUUUUCCUCCCUGCUUCUUGUAUCUGCUUUCUCUUCCACCCUUUAUUUUUGUUGUUGGGCAGGGGGCGAUGGGGUGUAAACGAGCUCACCUCCCUCCUCCUCUUCCUGUAGGCGUGUCGGACGGGCGCUAUGGCGACAGCGGCUCCUCCUUCCAGAGCACGACCGGCCACUGCGUUCACAUGAGAGGGCUUCCGUACCGCGCCACUGAGACCGACAUCUACAGCUUCUUCUCUCCGCUCAACCCGGUGCGCGUGCACAUCGAGAUCGGCCCGGACGGACGCGUGACUGGCGAGGCGGACGUCGAGUUCGCCACCCACGAGGACGCCGUCGCCGCCAUGUCCAAGGACAAAGCCAACAUGCAGCACCGCUACGUUGAGCUGUUUCUGAACUCCACCGCUGGAGGAAACAACGGGUCCUACGGCAGUCAGAUGAUGGGGGCCAUGACCAACCAGUCCACCUACGGGCCCAGCAGCCAGCAGCUGAGCACGGGCUACAGCGGGGGCUACAGCAGCCAGACGGGCAUGGGGGGCUACAGUGACUACAGUGAGUAAUCAGAGCGGAAUGAACAGCAGUUACUAUGGAGGCGGCAGCCGGGGUUCCGUGGGCAUGAACGGGCUGAACGGCAGCAUGAGCAUGGGGGCUGGGUGGGGCAUGUAGGAGCAGGAGGAGGGGGGGGGGGGUGGUGGUGGAGGGGCCGGGGGUGCUGUUGGAGUGCCAGCACUGAUGAUAAAGGGGCCCCUUGAGCUACUGGUUUUUUAAUUUUAUUUUUCUUUGUGUUGGAGAGGCGUUAAAAUUCUGUACAGAGAGCAGGGUGGGGAGGUUUUCUAAAAUGCUUGUGUGAGACAGAGGGGGAGGAGAUUCACCAAACUUGACUGGCAAUAGUUUUCUUUAUAAACCCCCCCCCCAUAGACUGAAUUUCACCGUGUUUAUAGAAUUGUUUCUUUUCUUUUUUUUAUAUAGAGUUAAAUUGAAACCAUUGGGGGAUUUUAGUCCCUGUACAUUUUUCCUGUAAGUGAAUGGUGGGUCAAGUUGAAGGCUGAGAGACUGUGUGCGUGUGUCGUCCCUGUAAAAGUGCAUGAACCAAAACAUGCUUUGUAAAUAUAAUCCACAUGUGACUUUUUUCCCCCUUUUUCUUUUUCUGGGUUUACAGACAUUUCCACCGUUCUUUAUUGAGGCUAACGGCCGUUAAUCCGGAGUGAAUUUGGGUUUUUAUAUUACGAAUGAGCAUGUUUGAAUUGCCUUUUUAAAAAAAUAACAAAAAUUGGUGGGGAGAAAAAACACGUUUUGAGAAUGGGGAGGGGUGGGGUACUUCAGAUGCAAUACAAACGGCAAAAAUAAUUUUAAUCAUUUCUUCUGUUGUAAUAGAAGUUCCAAAUCCCUCUGUUAAAUGAUAUUAUUUUUUGUUAUUUUUUGUUUGUGGUUCUUGUAUUGCGCAGAGUAAAUAAACAUGUCACUUGGA